AUGGCAGACUCGGACCAAAAUAGUGUCUCAUCUAAGAUGGACGAGAAAAAUGCCGUCGCUGAGCAUGUCGAAGCCUCCUCGCACCUGAACCUUGAUGAUCUCGACAGUAUUGAGAACACCGAGUCCAGCAGAUACGCCUGGCUUGUGUCCAUCACGGCAGGUGUUGGCGGCCUUCUCUUCGGUUACGAUACUGGUAUCAUCUCUGCAAUUUUGGUCUACCUAGGAACCGACCUAGGUGAGACCCUGAAUGCGAGCCAGAAGGAAUUGAUUACUUCCAUUACAUCUGGCGGUGCUUUUCUAGGUGCUAUCUGCGCCGGGUUGUUCGCAGACAAAUAUGGCAGGAAAUUGCCAAUCUAUAGCGGUUGUGCACUGUUCAUUAUUGGUGCUAUUAUUCAAGCUGCGUCCUUUUCAAUUGCCCAGAUGACUGUCGGACGUCUGGUGGUCGGCUUAGGAGUGGGCUCUGCAGCCAUGAUCGUUCCACUUUAUAUUGCCGAGGUCGCUCCCGCAAAGUAUCGUGGCCGUAUGAUCGGUCUAGAUAACAUGUCCAUCACCGGAGGUCAACUCAUCAGCUACGGAAUUGGUGCUGCAUUCGCCUCCGUGUCGAAUGGCUGGCGAUAUAUGGCCGGCUUGGGUGCAGUCCCGGCCAUAGUUCUCUGCUGUUUGCUCCCACUCUGCCCCGAAUCUCCACGCCAACUCAUCUGCCAAAACAAGCCCGAUGAAGCAGCGAAAGUCAUUGCUAAAAUCUUCCCCAACGGUACUUCUGAACAAGUUCAACAAAAGGUCCAGCACAUUUCAAUCCACGUUGAGCAGGCCCAGAACGCUCUCGGGAACAAGAGUGUUUGGUGGCAGAUCAAGCAACUCUACGUUGUCCCUAGCAACCUCCGUGCUAUGAUCUCUGCUUGUGGACUCAUGGCAAUUUCGCAGCUCGGAGGUUUCAAUUCGUUAAUGUAUUAUUCUUCGACGCUAUUUGCACUUGUGGGUUUCAGCAAUCCCGUCGCAGUGGGCACCGUGAUCGCGGGGACGAAUUUUAUCUUCACAUGGGUGAACCUCAUGCUCGUUGAUCGCAUCGGACGCCGACGCAUUCUGCUCUGCACGAUGUGGGGAAUGUCAGUAGCCCUAAUCUGCGCUGCUAUAUGCUUCCAUUGGAUCCCGAUCAAUCAUGAUCUUACUCUGAAGAGUAGCCAUAUCGGGGCACCCGCUUACCUUGUCCUGGUCUCUAUGGUCAUCUACGUUGGAUUCUAUUCCUCCGGCAUGGGCAAUACCGCGUGGCUAUCGUCUGAAUUCUAUCCUAUGGAAGUACGUGCUGCUGUGGGCACUAUGAUGUUGACAUUGAGUUGUUGGGGUUCCAACAUCAUCGUGGCGUCGACCUUCCUUACCCAGAUGGAGAACACUACGCCGUCGGGGGCUUUCGGUUUUUAUGCUGGUAUUUGCUUCUUUGGAUGGAUUGCCGUCUAUUUCUGUUACCCGGAAGUCAAGGGAAUGACUCUUGAAGAUAUUCGAGAAGUGUUCAAGCAUGGGUUUGGUGUCAAGUAUGCGAGACAGGCUCAGAAAGAUGCGAAGUAUAAGUCGCGAAAUCAGGCGUCAGGUGACGUUAUCGCUGUGAGCGGGAAGGUGUGA